AUGGAAAACCUAUCUAUACCCCCAGCCGAAUCGUCCUUCAUCUCCAUCGACGACUUCCAAUCCCGUACGCCCGAAUCCUUCCACGGUCCCACAAUCCUCUACUACAAGGCGUCACAAUGCAAACUCGUCGCGACCGAGCGCGACCUCUCCUCGACGCGGGAACUAAAUGCGCUCCGACUGUCAGAGGCCGGGGUUAACGGGUCAUCUGCGGAGAGCGGCGACGGAGAAAAUGAGAAAGAGGCUGUGGUUGAGGGGUUGGACCUCUGGGUGACGUCGGACACGACCACCUCAAGGGGCCUCUCAAUCCCCUACCGCUCCAUCUCACUGCACGCAAUCCAGCGCCUGACACUCCCGAACCAGACCGUUGAAGUGCAAGGCCUGUACAUGCACAUCACAAAGACCGCGACGGCAUCAUCCUUCCCACAGGAGUCCGACGAGGAGGAGAGUCUCACAGUGACGAUCGUUCUGCCAACAGCCACAACGACACCAUCCGAAGGAGAAGAGAGCGAGAUCCAGAAACUCUACGACGCCGUCUCAGCGUGCGCGAACCUCCACCCUGACCCGGUUGAAGAGGAAGAGCAGGAUGCUGGUGCGUUUGCCUCGGGGCUUGUCUUUCCUGGUGCGGGUGAGGAUGGCGGUCUGCCGCCUCCGGUUGAUGGGAGCUCCGGGUGGAUUACGGCGGAUAAUAUGCACGAGUUCUUCGAUGAGGAGGGGAAUUGGAUUGGGGAGGGAGAUGGGCCGAGCUUUCCCGGGAUGGGAACUGGGCUGGGGCCCGGCGCGGGGACCGUGAGGGGGAGAAGUGAGGAAGGGGAAGAGCAGGGUGCUGAUGGGGAGGCUGGAGCGAAUGAAGAUGAGGCGAAGUGGAGGCGGAUUGAUUGA